UGUUUUUCUUUCUUUUCUACACUUCGAUUUGAAGUUGAGCUAGUAUAGAGCCACCUGGCGUACACAUUUCUGUUCCUUUCUUCCUCUCGAAACGCGCCGAGUCAACUCACUUGUUUUCAUCUCCAGUCAAUCGCUGCUCUUUUCUUCUUCUUAUAUUGGUUAGAAAAAUUGUGGAUGUGAGGUUUGAGAAAUGAUGAAGAGAGUUACGAAGAAGGUUGGUAAAUACGAGAUUGGUCGUACCAUCGGUGAGGGAACGUUUGCGAAGGUCAAGAUUGCCAAAGAUACUGAGACCGGUGAAGCUGUUGCUGUCAAGGUUUUGGCUAAAACUACGAUAUUGAAGCAUAAAAUGGUUGAUCAGAUUAAAAGGGAGAUCUCCAUAAUGAAGAUAGUGAGACAUCCCAAUAUUGUGAGACUGCAUGAGGUCUUGUCUAGCCAUACAAAGAUAUAUAUAAUACUGGAAUUUGUCUCUGGAGGGGAGCUUUUUGACAGAAUUGUUCACAAACAAAAGCUCUCAGAGAAAGAUGCUAGAGGAUACUUUCAACAGCUUAUUGAUGCGGUUUCCCAUUGCCAUUCCAAGGGUGUGUACCAUAGGGAUUUAAAGCCAGAAAAUCUUCUUCUUGAUGCCGAAGAAAGGCUGAAGGUUUCUGAUUUUGGACUCAGUGCACUGUCACAAGAAGGUGUUGAACUUCUAUAUACCACUUGUGGAACCCCAAAUUACAUUGCACCAGAGGUAUUAAGGAAGCGUGGAUAUGACGGUGCUGCUGCUGACAUCUGGUCAUGUGGAGUCAUCCUUUAUGUCCUAUUGACUGGAUAUCUUCCAUUUGAGGAGUCAGAUCUUCCAACUUUGUAUAAAAAGGUCAGUGCAGCCGAGUUUUCAUAUCCGCUUUGGUUCCCUUCUGGUGCAAAGUCUUUAAUAGACAAGAUACUUGAUCCAAACCCCAAAACACGUAUACGGAUUGAUGGGAUAAGGAAACAUCCGUGGUUCCAGAUGAACUAUAUUUCAAUCAGCCAGGGAGAAGAAUGUGAUGUGUGUUUGGAUGAUGUUCGUGCAGUUUUCGAGGACAUUGAGGAUCAAUAUGUGAUGGAAAAAUCUGAGGAGAAAAUUGCCCCUUUAACAAUGAAUGCAUUUGAGAUGAUCACCCUCUCUCAAGGACUGAAUCUAUCUGCCCUGUUUGAUAGACGUCAGGAUCAUGUAAAGAGACAAACUCGUUUUGUUUCACGAAAGCCUGCUAAAGAUAUAAUAUCUGCAAUUACAGUGGUGGCAGAACUAUUCGGUUUCAAGGUCCUUAGGCGUGGCUACAAGACUAGGCUUGAGGGAGCAUCUGUGAAUCGGGGUGGACAAUUUGCUGUUGUUUUGGAGGUCUAUGAAGUUGCACCAUCCCUUUUCAUGGUUGAUGUUCGGAAGGCUGCCGGUGAUACUCUAGAAUACCACAAGUUCUACAAGGAUUUUUGUGCUAAACUAGACCACAUUAUAUGGAAACCGAAAGAGGGCCUACCAAACUCUUCUCUAUACAGAACGAUGACAUGCUGACCUGAUUUCACAAGACAAAAGUUGUAUCUGUUAUCAGUCUUCGGGUGUAGCUCAUAAUUGUACAGUAGAUGUAUACAUAUGUUUUGUGGAUAUUACUUGCACUAGGACUGUUGAGAGGUUUUUGAGUGAUGGUAGAUAGUACAAUUGUUCUGGCUUUUCAUUUUGCUAAUAAGGUAUAUGAAAUAAAAAAGGUGUGCUUCUAUCAUUUUAUUUUACUUUA